GCUUGCGCCGCAAGUAGAUGCGAAUCUACGGCAAUCUCUACACAGUCUUAAGCAGUAUGGUCGCUUGUACAGUUUUCUAUGAGUGACAAGUAACGGUUUAUACAUAAAGAAAACGUCGAAUAAUGAUUUAUCAUAACUGAAGUGAACCAAAAUUGGUGUAAUGAUCAAAGAUAUGGCUGAUGAUGAGGCCAUACAGGCCACUAAUGACGAUGCAAGUGAGUGUAAAAGAUAUGCGGUUCAACUUGGUUACUGGUCCGAUCCAUUUAUUAACUUUUUCGUAAAACAACCUGGUCGGAAAGCUCCGGAAAUCAAUCGUGGUUAUUACGCAAGAGUAAAGGGGAUUGAAGUGUUCGUUGACAAAUUCCUUAAGCUAUCUGGUGAAAAGGGGCAAGUUAUAAACUUGGGUGCUGGAUUUGAUACUCUCUAUUGGAGACUUAAAGAAGCAGGAAAGUGUCCAGCAAAUUUUAUCGAACUUGAUUUUCCUAACAUUACUGCUCGAAAAUGUUAUCACAUCAAAAAACAUAAACAAUUAAUAGAUAUGUUAAAUACAGAAGAUGGAGAAAUUAGGUUUUCAACAACAGAUCUACAUGCUGCCAAUUAUCAUUUGGUGGGAAUAGAUCUACGACACAUAUCUGAACUUGUUAAUAAGUUAACACAAGCAGAAGUUAAUUUUAAUCUUCCAACCAUGUUCCUUGCAGAAUGUGUCUUAGUAUAUAUAGACACAAGUGCAGUUUCUGCAUUAUUAAAAUGGCUUGCUGGAAAAUUUCCAAAUAGUAUUUUUGUUAAUUACGAGCAAGUGAACAUGAAGGAUAAAUUUGGUCAAGUUAUGUUGUCCAAUCUACGUAGUCGUGGAUGUUUGUUGGCAGGUGUAGAAGAUUGUGAAUCUUUGGAAACUCAACAAAGACGCUUUACAAUAAACAGUUGGGAAGGCUCUAAUGCAUGGACAAUGGUAGAGGUCUAUGAUUCACUGCCUCUAGAUGACCGUAGUCGAAUCGAACAUAUAGAAAUGUUGGAUGAGCGAGAACUUUUAGUUCAGUUAUUGCAGCAUUAUUGUAUCUCAGUUGCUUGGAAUGGACAAAUGUUUAAAAACUUGUCUAUAGCACAGGGUUAGCUUUUCUAACUCUUCUAAGUUACUCCAGGUAGUGAUACUGUGUCAUUAAAGAUCUAUAAGCUUGUAAGUACAUAUGUGGUAACUAAUGAUUCAAAAUCAUUGAUUUUUAAGUUAAUAAGUUUUGAUCUUAAAUUUUUAAUGUAGAUUAAUACAAAGCUUGAUUUAUAAUAGUGUAUUUUUUUUAUUAUGUAUAGAUAUCUCUUUCAUAUAUAUUUGAAGUAUUAUAAAAAACAAUUUAUAUAAAGUUAUAUAAAACUGAUGAUUUAUCCAAAUAAUUAAUUUUAUCAUGUCAAAUUUAAAACAAAUAUAUUCUACUUCUAUUUCGAUUACAUUUGUGUGCUAUAAAUAUCGUGAAAAUAAUAUUAAAAUGGCAUUAAUGAAAGAUUAAAGCCCUUUCAUAUCUUUUUGAGCAGCUAAAUAUAAGAUAGCAUAAAAAAUAUAAAACUAGUUUUCAGUCAUGUGAUGUUUAUUUUAUUGCUAUGAAUUCCAUGUAUUUCCUGUAAAAUUAGUAUUUUAAUUAGAGUUAAUCUCAAUCAUUAACAAACUUUAUUUCCCUAUCAUUUACUACUUUGUACUUGGAAGUUCUUAUAAUUAUAUUUAUAAGUUUUAUAUUAAAAAGAAUCAUAAUUACAGAUAGUAUUUUAAAUUAUUAAUUAGUUCACUACAUAUGCAGUUUCUUAUGAAGGUAAUUUAUGUAGAGUAACAACAUGCAACGAAAGAAGGAUUUUACUUAAACAUAAAAUAAUAGAACAACACAUGUUCUGAAAAGUAAUUUUUGAGUAUAUUGUUUUACAAAUGCCCUAAUUUAAACGAUAAUUUACAUGUACAGAAAGAAUUAAUUAAAAUGCAAUUGCUAUUCACAUUUAUAAAACAUUAUCACUUAGGAUAUUAAGAUAUAACACAUUUCUGUGUAUUAAAAAAUAUAUACAGAAAAUUGUAUUUCCAUUGUUAUUAUUUUCGUAGGAACAUGAUAGAUAGAUGGAUCAUAAAAUCGUAAAAAAAUUUCUCAGGAAACAAAUUAUUAAUACAUUAAUUAGACAAUAUUUGAGUCAGUUUUAUUCCAAUGAAUUCAAGUUGACUCAUUACAUUGUCGACAACUUAAUAAAAUACAAUGUUAUUUUCUUAUAAAGGAACAUCAGGGUUGUGAUAUAAAAACUAAAAGUAAUGUGGAAGAAUGGAGAAUUUAUCAGAUGAUAAUGGUAUUAAAAAAUUAUUAUAUUGAUCAUAAAAUCGUUCUUCGUUUAUACAUUUUAAUAUAUUGAUUCUUAUUUGACUUUAUUAGUGCUUCUUUUUAUUUGUGAUAGUAUAUUUACUAAUAUUCUUAUAAAGGCUUAUUAGACCAUAAGGUAUAGUACAUAGAGGAAACACACAAAUACAUAUAUUAACAGAUUGUGAGUUUGUGUUAUAGAAUUCAUAUGUUUUUAAAGAUAAGAUUGCAUACCUGGAGUAACACAAACACUAAGAAAUAAUCUAAUAUUCUAUUUUUCUGAAAAGUUAUGGAUCACAGUUGUAUCUGUCAGUAAUGAUAAAUUCUUUCCAAUUUCAUGUUCUAAACAUUCAAUAAUAAAAUCACACCUCAUCAUAAUAGUUUCAUACCACUUUAUUUACGUUUGAAUGGUAUUUAUUAUACAUGUUAAAUAUUUUAAAUAGCUUAAAGUUUGAGACUCAAAUUGGUUUAUCACUAAUUAUCAUGAAUUGGAGAAAAACACUGCCAAUGUAUAGUUGAAAUGCAACAUAUUUAUUAUCAAGUUCUAAAAACUUGUAAACUUUUAGAUGCUGAAAGAACAAGUAUUAAAUAUUAUUUCAUUACUGAUUUUUAUACAAUCAAAAACGUUGAAUAUAUGUGUAAAUAAUGAUAGUUUCCGUUUUGCAAAUUCUAAAAAAAAAUUGAUAAUUUGAAUCUCAAACUUAAGUGUAAUACUUCUUAUAGUACGAAAUACACAAAUUUUGUUUUUGCAUGUACUUCACUUAACGAUUAAUGUUAUUAAUGUCUUAUAUGGAUGCUGUAAAAGUUAAAUCGUACAAUGGCUAUAUUCUCUAUGUGCUUCCAUAUUAUAGACAGAUAAAAAAAUGAUCAGAAAGUAUAUUCUUACCUUUGUGUAAUGUUGUGAUAUUGUUAAAUUAUGCAUUUAUAUUACGAUUAAAGGAAGAUAAUCAAGAGUUAAUAUUAAUUAUAAAUUAAAAUACUAUGGUACUUUUUUUCUUAUAUUUAAUAUCGCAUUUAAUGAAAACGUAAAUAGGAAGAAUGUUAUCAAACAUUUUUAAAUGUAUGAUACAGAAAAAUUCUACUUGCAUUUAAUUUAUUAUAAAAAAAACCUACACACACAAACUUAUUGUACAUUACUCUAUUUCUUAAGCAUUUAAUUCACUAUUUUGUGAGAUUUAAUGAAAAAUAAACAGCAUCUACUUUCAUGUGUA